AUGGAUCAUCCUACCGUUUCCGUCAAGCAAGAAAUCCUUGAACCCGAUUACAUUCUGACCACGAUCAGCGGCGACAGCACGGACAGUUCUUCGGAUUCUUCCGACGCAGGAGACACGAACGACGAUGCGUAUUUUGGUUUUACGGCUGAGAUUACUGCGAAGAACAGGCUUAAACAUAAUCGAGAAUUGGAUACCGAAGAAGAAGCAGAAGGAGGAGGAGGCAGCGGCUUGAGAGCGAAGAAGCCAAGAGCCGAGGGUAUUUCGGUAAUUAAUGCGUGGCCUCUAGGCUUUCUCCGGCCUCUGCCGCCUCCGUCGCCGUCUUCGUCUUUGCCGUCUUGUCAAUCGGUGGUACUGAAAGUGGAGCCCUUGUCGGAGAUUCGGCCGGUUGAUGCUUGGUGCACUGAUGAGCAAGUGAUCACUGAUCAAGUUGUUCGGAGUAGUAAUUGCCGGCAGUUCUGGAAGGCCGGGGAUUACGAGGGCGAUGCUAACGAAAACUCCGUUUCAUCUUCUGUAGGGAUGGAUCAUGUUAGAGUGCAUCCGAAGUUUCUGCAUUCGAAUGCAACCAGUCAUAAGUGGGCUCUUGGAGCUUUUGCGGAGCUUCUGGACAACUCCCUGGAUGAGGUAUGUAAUGGAGCAACCUAUGUUAACGUAGACAUGCUUAAGAACAAGAAAGAUGGUAGUAAGAUGUUGCUAGUUGAAGAUGAUGGUGGCGGGAUGACUCCUGAUAAGAUGCGGCAGUGCAUGUCUCUUGGGUAUUCAGCAAAAAGCAAAUUGGCAAACACUAUUGGUCAAUAUGGAAAUGGAUUCAAGACAAGUACUAUGAGACUUGGAGCAGAUGUAAUCGUGUUUUCACGAUGUCCAGGGAAUAAUGGAAGAAGGCCAACUCAGAGCAUUGGAAUGUUGUCCUAUUCGUUUCUGAGAGGAACUGGAAAGGAAGAUAUUGUUGUUCCCAUCCUUGACUACGAGAUAAGUGACCAUGGCUUGAAGAACUUGACGCGAACUUCUGCUGAUGAUUGGUAUAGAAAUUUAGCCACCAUCAUUCGGUGGUCUCCUUAUUCAAGCGAAGAACAUCUUCUUCAGCAGUUCAAUUGCAUGAAAGAGCACGGUACACGCGUAGUAAUAUACAAUCUUUGGGAAGAUGAAGAAGAACAACUUGAACUUGAUUUUGAUGCUGAUCCCCAUGACAUCCAAAUUAGAGGAGUCAAUAGGAAUGAGAAGAACAUACAAAUGGCAAAACAAUAUCCCAACUCUAAACACUUCUUAACUUACAGGCAUUCUCUAAGGAGUUACGUGUCAAUUCUGUAUCUUAGGCUUCCACCAGGGUUCAGAAUCAUUCUUCGGGGGGUCGAUGUCGAACAUCAUAAUCUAGAGGAUGACAUGAUGUUGACCGAGGAGGUUACAUACAGACCCCAACUUUAUGAGGGAAUGCCAAGAAAUACUCAUAUAUGUGCCAACGUCAAGAUUGGGUUUGUAAAGGAUGCGUAUGCCCACAUUGACGUUCAAGGCUUCAAUGUCUACCACAAGAACCGGCUGAUUAAGCCGUUCUGGAGGGUUUGGAAUGCUGCUGGCAGUGAUGGUCGUGGGGUUAUAGGUGUAUUGGAACCUAAUUUUAUUGAACCAGCUCAUGACAAACAAGGAUUUGAGCGCACAUUCGUACUUGCGAGGCUCGAGGCGCGGUUGCUUUUGAUGCAAAAGAACUACUGGUCUUCAAAUUGCGAGAAAGUCGGUUAUGCUCCAAGACGGCGUGCUGCUAAUUCUUCCAACACUAAAUCUAAAUCUUCUAAAAACGAAAAAACUAUGAAGAAAGAUGAGAAUAAUGACCAUGGUUCUACUAGUGUGGAAACUGCAUCAAAACAUCACAGUGACCAUAAAAUGGUUGGCAGUAAUUUGCAUGUAAAGAUCAACACCUUCAGUAAUGGAGAAAGACAAGGAACUGCUUAUUGCAAUGCCAAGAUGCCAACAAAGUUGAAAGAAGAGAAAUGCGAUUUAGGGGAAAGGUCAACGGAAAAUGGAGUACCAGCAACGGUUGAUUUGCUUAGUGAAUUAGAUCGUGAAAGAGAGAGAAAUAAAUCCCUUGAAACUAGACUUCGGCAGGCAGAACAAAAGGUUGAAGAGUUGGACAAAGAACAAAUAGCACUGAUCGAUAUGCUAGCGAUGGAAAGGACUCAACGACAAGAGGAAGAGGACAGACUAAACAAGAGUUUAAUGGACGCUAACAAAACCAUUGAAGAGCUGCGCGAGAAAAUGAGACAGCUUGAGCCUUGA